AUGGUCACUAAAUUAGUAUUUAAAAAUAUAAGUGGUGGUGGUCUAUAUACAGCUCAUUCAUUAUCAUGGUCCAGAGUAAAGGAGCCUAAUCCAAACGGAAUAAUGCAUGCCAAAGUAUGGAUUCCUGAAGACCCUCGAGCCAACAAAGAAGGUGCUAACAGUUCAUCAUCUUCCUCUUUUAAUGUAUCGGAAUAAAUUUUGUUACGUAGAGGUGAUAAAAAAGAAAAAAGAUAUUAUUUUAAGUUGCAACACAAAUCCAUUUGUAGGUUUUAUAAGGGAUGUACAAGUGAUUUAAAAUUAUUUAAUCUAGUCAACUCUAGUCACAAGUAUUCGUACGGCAAAAAUAUUGUAAAUAUUAUU